UAGUGCCGAUAAAGAAGCUACCGGAUAACUAUCCUGAACACGGCUUCUUAUGGCCCAAGGCCCAUUUACGCGCCGGUGUUGGUUACAAGAAUUUGUCGAGGGGUUAUCACUAAUCAGUGGGGGUAAUCGUCUUUCAGCGUUCGGGAGUCUCUUUUCUUGCCAGGCUACCGGGUUCUUUCUUAAAUCUCCCGUUGAGGAAACUUCUGCAUUCGGGGAUGUGACAUCACAGACAUAACCUUUUCCAACUACCGAGAGAUGGCCUCACUGCCAUUAUAAAUGAAAUAAUUAAUCCACGAGCUUAACACUCUUCAUGGGGCUCGACCCUGCGAUUUUAGAUUAACUAAUUUUGUAUGGUGAUUGUACCGGAUCGUAGGUAUCCAUUGAGUUUGUUUUUGUGAUAGAAGAUAGCAAAGUGGGAUUUUGCAUACCGCAGUUAUGUGCUUCCAGUAUCAAUUUAAAAUCGUUUUAUGGUGAUAAUAUGUCAAAACCAAACAUAAGAAAAAUAACAGUUGACCCUUCGAAAUGUAACACAGACUCUCGACGACCUAGCGUAUUUGAGAGGUUGGGUACCAAACCACCAGCAACUUCCACCGGCCAAAACAAUUCCGAUUACUGUAGAAAUUGGGCUCUGAAUGGCAGUUGUUCGUACGGCAAAAGUUGCAAGUAUGCAAUCACGCACACACUGAUCAGCCCAUCAAAACGUGUGAAGAAAGAUAAUGCUCUUACUAAUGCAACUGUGCCUAGCGAAGAUCCAUUCAAGCGAGUCACAUCAAAAAUUGUAAAAAAGACGUCUCAUAGUCCUGAUCUUAAUUUGGAAGAGUGGAACCAGACAGAUCUGGAAUACGAAGACGAAAAAGCUUUAGAAAGAAGACUUCAGCUCUUACAAAGAGAAUUAGAAUUACAAAUGAAGAAAGACAAGGAAAUUCAUGGCAAGGAAAAGACAACAAAACACAAAAAAAAAGCUAUGAGUUCAUCAUCUAGUUCACACAGCUCUAGCACAUCCAGCAGCAGCAGUAGCUCUAGUAGUGAUGAUUCCUCAUCUAGCUCCACUUCGGAUUCUCGCAAGAAAGUCAAGAAGGUCAAGUCUAAACGACAUCACAGUGCAUCUUCAGAUUAUGAUGAAGAUAAGGAACGAAAAAAGAAGCUUAAGCUUAAAAGACUGGGAACAAAGAAUGAAAAACUUAUCGUAAAAAAGAAACGCAAGAUUGAAGUGUUAAACAAAAAAGAACCAGUUGUAAAAGCAGCUAAGAAAGUUGCUAUUUCUUCAUCCAGAAAGCAUUCUUCUACCAAGGUUAAAUCACCAACCAUGUCAGCACAUGCUUCCUCCAGUAAAGUAAAGGAGCGAAAUCGGAGUGAAUCCCCAAAACCAAGGAGUAGGGAAGUGGAAAAAGAUAAGCAUCAUAAAAAAAUUAGAGAAGAUGAGCCUUCAUUGAAAGAUAUAGUGAAGAAUAAGGCUACUGAUAAAUCAAAAGAGUCUGAUAAAAAUAAAAGUCGCAUUGUGGAAGAUCGUGUAAAAACUGAUGAUAAAUCAAAACAGAGAGUAAAAGAUAAAGAAAGACGUUCUAGAACGCCACCUAUUGAGAAAUCUAAAUACCAGUAUCCUAAAGAUUUUUCUAAUACUAAAUCGAGGCGCAGUCGAACUCCAGAGAAACCAUUGAGGUCUAAACGAGAGGUAACUCCACUUCGUCACCAGGAGAGUAAAACAUCUUCUGGAAGAUCCAGAGAGAUAGAUAAAAAAGAACGUGACUCAUACAAAGGAGAUCGAAAUAAAGACAAAGACGAUAUUCGUAAAAAUGAUCCAUCCAAAUCAAAGCCUUCGUCUAGCCAAGAAGACUCCCAUCGUAAGAAUGCGGUUCGAGACAUCGAGGAGAAAAAUUAUGUCAGUGAACGCAAUCGGCAGCGUAGCAAGGAACGUAGAGAUAAGGAGCACAACUUAAGGGAUGAUAGAAGUCAUUCAAGGUUAGGCAGAGAUCAGCGUGAUUCUCAGCGAGAAAAAGAACGAGAAGAAGUACAGGAAAGGUGUCGAGAUAGACAAAGAGAACGAGAUCGUGAAAAAGAUGCAGUUAAAGUUCGAGAAAGAGAUAUACCACCACUCAUGGCAACAACUGCUAUUAAUCCUAUGGAUAAGAAUGGUCGGUAUGGUCGAGACAAGGAUAGAUUCAAAGAUGGAGGGCUUGACAAAAGUGGACAGAGGGAUAGACGGAGUGAGAGAGACCGAGAAAGGUCAGAAAAACCCUUAGAUCGAGACAGAGCUUUACAACGAUUUGAUGCUCGCUAUGACAGAUCAUUGGAUAAAGAAAUGCUGCCUCACAAAGGUGUGGAAAGAGAUAGACAAGAGCGUUUUCCAAGAGAAAGAUCUCUUGAUCGAGUAGUUGACAAAAACAUAGCUGCAGGAGCUCGUGACCAUGUUAUGGAACGAGAAAAUCUUUAUGAUCGGGACAGGCAUAGAAGAUUCAAUCCUAGGUUUGACAGAGGGCAUCCAGCCGAUCAUGAGCGCAAGGAGCCACCUCAUAUUCCAUCAAAAAUAGACAGACUACCGGAACGAAGAGAUGGGUCCAGACGCAGCCUAGAAAUAGAGAGAAACUACGAUAGGGGCUAUGCUCGAUUGCCACCUGAGCAUUGGGAAGAGCCUGAAGAACCUCCAAGAGUUGAUUAUCGAGAUCACCACCCUCAUGAAGAUGAAAGACGUAAACCAAUGGAACCAAGAAGGUACAACAGCCCUUUCGAAGAAAGACGAGGUAGAGAUGAACGUCCAUCACGCUAUGCUAUGCAGAGUGAAAGGCCUUUUGAGGAUCCACAUCUGCCCAUAUUUUCGGGUGAAAAAAUGAGGUCUAGUGUAAACAGAGACGAAAGUAGUAAUGACAAUUGGGAUGUCCAUCAUGAGAUGGAGCAUGGUAGUCGAGACCGCAAUUACCAAACUUCUGACUGGGAGGAACGUGAAUGGAGAGCGGCUCGACCUCCGAUGUGGGAUAGAGAAAGUCCUCCACAUUCAGAGGUUCAUGAAGAAGAAUGGGCUCCACGCUAUGACAGCCCUAUGCCUGAUUGGAAGUUGAAUGAAGGCCGAAAAUGGGAAAGUUUGCCCCACAAUCCACCCCACAAUCCACCUCACAUCCGAGGACCCUACAGAAAUGACAGAAUCAAAGAAAUAGACUUAGGAGAACUACAUAGCAAACGACGUCUACCCUAUAGCACUCCGGAAUUGAGAGAUGAAUGCUCUGCUCAUGGGUCAAAACAAGGAUCUUUACAUGGCAGCAUGAAGGAAGAACCGAUAAAUAAAAAAUUGAUGGAAUUAGCGGAGGGUAGGGUCAGGAGGAGCAGAGAGAAAUCUGUUGAAAAUUUUCAGAAAAGAAUUCCACAACGCGAAAAAUCGGAAGUUAAAGAAUCCCCUUUGGCUGCAGAACCUAAACGUCCAUGCUUGGAUGAAUCUCUCCAAACUUUGCAUACGGAGAGUGAUUUGAGUGAUAUCAGCGAUGAUCCUGAUGAUAUUUUGAAUAUGGAAGAAGAAGAAAGUGAAACACCAAAAUUGCCCUUACCUAAAAAAGGUACAGAGAUUAAUGAACGAGACGUACUUGUACCAACUCCAGAAGCCUCACAGUUAUCACCAAAAGAAAUUGUAGAAGAGACUAUAUUUACCAAGGAAAAAGAUACAAACGAACAAAUGGAAUUCCGAAAUAUCGAAGAAGAAAAUAUUGAGAAUAUGGACUUUGAAGAAAUAUCCGAUGGAGAACUUGAGGAGGAUAUUAAGACAAGCGGCAAGGGCUUGGGAGAUGCUUUGGGUGUAGAUUGGGAAAGUUUAGUCAAAGAAUCUCAGCCUCGUCGAGUUCUUACCAUGAAUCAAAAUACUGCUCAAAGUCGCUGGCAAUGUAAAGCUAUAUUCCAGCGCAUUGGUAUCUCUAUGAAAUAUGCAGGGGCGGAAAUGGUAGAAUCCAUAACAAAGAAGUACUGCAUAGAUGAUGCUGAUAAAUUUCUUCUGAAUGAUGUCGCCCUUCUACACAGUGCGAUCAUGAGGCAGCAAUUUAUGACUCGGACAUCAAGAACUUCAUUAAUCAGCGAAAAUUUACUAUGCAGAAAUUAUGCUGAGGCAAAUGAGGACGAUGAUGAAGAAACUCUGCAACCUUGCACGAGCUUAUGUGAAGAAGCAAAGAUAUUAUUACAAAAAGUUACAUAGACAUUUCUCAUAUGCAUUGGAAUUGUUAAUAUUUUUAUCUUUGUAUCAUUGCUAAGCAUAGUUACUUAGUACUUAGAAUAUAUUAGGGGAAAUUGUACGUAUUCGUGGUCUUAAUAUAUAUAAUUCUUUUGUGCGCCUUUUUGUAUCGUGUAACUUAUGAACGACUCGACCGAUUGAGAUCAUAUUCACACAAGACAUUUGUAUUGUCGAGACGAUGGUUCAUAGCUAUGCAAAGAUUGAUUUUUUUUAACCGCGGGUCAGAUUAGCUUCGGUUCUAGAAUAGGUCAUUGAGUUUGAAUGCGGGCGAAGUAUGUGAAUAUGAAUUUAAUAUUCACAAUUUCAUAAUUAAUUUAUAUUUAUUUUUUUGUCAUACCAGAAACAAGAGACAACAAAUCUUUGGGAGCAGUUAAGUCAUUUUGUAAUAUCAAUAUCGCAGUCUCAAGCAGGUUCUUACUUUCUUCAUUCACCUGAAAGUACGUCACGUAAAAGAGUCAAUAUUCAUGAUAAUUAUUUGUUCACAGAAGUCUAAGAAUUUUGUACCUGUGACUCAGACUUCUCAAUAUUAGUUUCUUCAUUAAAUUGGCGUUUGUUCAGCUCCAUCAAUGUACUAUACAACUCAUAAGAGAUUAAGCCUAAAAUGAGCAGUUAUUGAAUAUUAAUGUGGCCACAAAAAAAGAUAUGGAGAGACGACAUUGCAAAUAUAUGUUUCUUAAACUACCUUUCAUCUUACAUUCGCCACAUUUUAAAGUCUCAAUCAAGCGUAAUAAAUCCCUGCAGUAUUUUUCCUUGAUGCUGAGCUCAUCCUUUGUCAAAUCUGUAAAUCAAUUCGACAGAGAUACACAACA